AAGGUGUUCACACUCACUUUGGCGGCUUCAAAGAUCUUCAUGACGGCGCUGGAGAUCUCUGGCCCGAUUCCAUCUCCAGGAAUCAGAGUGACCGUCUGCAUCUGUACGGAGAGAAACAACAGUCGGAAGUGUGGGAUGGUGUCGGGUUGACCCUGAACUACUCACCCCUCUGGAAAAGGAAGCUGAGGACAGGGCGGGUCUCCUCACUGCACCUCCCACCACCUGGGUCAGCUGCAGGAGACACAAAGGUCACAAAGGCAUGGAAGUGGAGUUUUCAGAGCAACCCCUGAAGGCAGCAUGCAGACUGGUCCAGCCCCUCCUCCCUCUCCUCCUCCUCCGCCUCCUCCUCCUCCUCCUCCUCCUCCAUCUUCCUCUGCGACCCUCCGCAGACUCAGCGCUGCACCGGGAUCCUGGGAGUCGGGCUGGGAGCUCGGAGCUUCGGUCUCUUCCUGAUGCAGCCGUGUGAUGGGUGAUGGGAGGAUCCGCCGCACAGGAUGGGCAACAAGCAGACAACCUUCACCGACGAGCAGCUGGAGGCGUAUCAGGACUGUACCUUCUUCACCAGGAAGGAGAUCCUGAGGCUCCACGGUCGGUAUCGUGAGCUCGCUCCUCACCUGGUUCCUCUGGACUACACCAACAACCCCGAUAUCAGAGUCCCGCCCACACUCAUAGUCAGCAUGCCCGAACUCAAGGAGAACCCGUUCAGAGACAGCAUCGUGGAGACGUUCUCUGAGGACGGACGAGGGAACCAGACCUUCAACGACUUCGUGGACAUGUUCUCCGUCCUGUGUGAGACGUCCCCCAGAGAACUCAAGACCAUCUACGCCUUCAAGAUCUACGACUUCAACAGGGACAGCUUCAUCUGUAAGGAGGACCUGCAGCAGACGCUGACCAAGCUGACCAAAGGGGAGCUGGCGGAGGAGGAGGUGGCUCUGGUGUGUGACAAGGCUCUGGAGGAGGCCGACCUGGACGGAGACAGCAAACUGUCCUUCUCCGACUUCGAGAACAUGAUCUCCAAGGCCCCGGACUUCCUGAGUAACUUCCACAUACGAAUAUGAUGGACAUGUGGAGGAGGGACGUGUCCUCCCUGGACUCUGUCCUUUCCCCCACGGAGCCGAGUCUGACUCUGGCUGCAUGAAGACUUUCUCUGGACUGAACUGAGACGGGACCGAUUCCUCUCUGCACGGGGACAUGUCUCACAUCUGGAGACGAUGGGACAUGAGGAGACGUGAGGAGACAUGAGGAGACAGCGGGACAUUGGUGACUGCAGUGCUUUGCAGCAAGGCCUGGUCCUCGGCCUGGUCCUCGGCCUGGACCCUCUUUAAAGCACAGGUUUAAAGGGCAAACAGUGAAGAGCUAUGCAAUGUGUUGAUGACUGCAUGUUGGUACCUGCUUGUAGCGGCUGGAUGAGCGACGCCUGGUGCAUAAUGACAAUCAUAGUGAAGCUGGUAGGAGGAAGGGCUCUGUCAUCUCUGGUUUAAUAAACACUUGUUCUGA